AUAGCAUCGGGCGAAGGGGCGGCCGCUCUCACGUAACGUCACUUGAUGCCCGGUCUGCGGAGUAGGUCGCGGCCAGCGGCGGCAGUGACGCAGCAUGUCUAGUCCGCUUCCUUUUAGUAUCUUCCAUACCAACCAACAUUCAAUCUUCACACCCCUCAAGCUUUGUAUUCUCCCCACAGUUGAUAUACGUGCAAAAUGAGAGCUGCAAGAUACUACGGCAAAGAAGAUAUACGGAUAGAGCAGAUUGAUGAAGCUCCGUGUGGAGAAGGCCAGGUUCGCAUAGCCCCAGCAUUCGUCGGCAUCUGUGGGACAGAUCUUCACGAGUAUCUCGGAGGCCCAACCUUUGCGCCCACUUCUCCCCAUCCUGUCACGGGUGAUACUAUCCCCAUUACAUUCGGCCACGAGUUCUCCGGCGUGGUAAAAGAAAUCGGGAAAGGCGUGAAGGGGUUUCAAGUAGGACAAAAUGUGGCUGUACAACCCACAAUAUACUGUCGGACCUGCCAGGCAUGCACGCGAGGUGUCGAAAAUGCUUGUUACAGGGGGGGCUUCAUUGGCCUCAGUGGCGGAGGAGGUGGACUCAGUGAUUCCGUGGUCGUUCCAGUGGAUACAUUGUUUCCCCUGCCAUCGAAUGUUUCUCUCGAUAUUGGCGCCCUCGUCGAACCGCUGUCAGUAGCGUGGCAUGCCAUCUCUGCAGCCCCAAUCACCCCGGACUCCACCGUACUGGUACUCGGGGGAGGGCCGAUAGGAUUGGCCGUCGUGCAGUGUCUGUCCGCUUUGAAGACGAAGAAAAUCAUCGUGAGUGAGGUGUCGUCGUCCCGGCAGGCCUUCGCCGGCCAGUUCGGAGCUCACCACGUUCUCAACCCGAAGACAUACGACCUCGUCGCCAUGAGUAAGGAGUUGAGUGGAGCCGACGGUCCAGACGUCGUUUUUGACUGUGCUGGGGUUCCAGCGAGCAUUGCAACAGCUACUCAGGCGGUGAGGGUCCGUGGAACAAUCGUCAACGUGGCCAUCUGGGAGAAGGCGAUUCCAUUCCAGCCAAAUAAUCUUGUUUUUCGUGAAGCUAUUUACAAGGCUGUCUUGGGCUACCAGAGGAAGGAUUUCCAGGCUGUCAUUGAUCAUAUUGCGAAUGGGACGCUGAAGCCAGAACGCAUGAUCACUAGCAAGAUCAAGCUUGAAGACCUAGUGGAGAAGGGCUUCUUACCUCUGAUAAAUAACAAGGAGAAGCAUGUCAAAAUUUUGGUAGACCUCAGCGCAAAAUAGCCAUCUUCAGAUAUUUGGGAUAUGCACUUAACCCAGAGGAUAGGUAGUCUAGGUGAGAGACUAUAUUGAAGUACUCUUCCCAUUGCAUACAGCUCGCCUACUGUCGCAAAAUUCAUCCUCUUUAUCGUCUUGC